UAAAGCAUAGCCAACAUGGCUGCCAGUAUAUUUUCGGCAGUGGUUUGUGACAUUUAAGACUAUAUUUAUUGCACUUGUUUGCUUAUAUUUUUGAGUGAUUUCGAGUAUCCAUAUUGUAUGUCAAACGUAAACAAAGUAUGUAAAAAUAUCGUGAAAGUUUAUGGUUACGCCAAGUCAAGCUUUACUUAUGGCACUUUACAUUGAUAAUGGCGUCGUUAAUGAAAUAUAAUUUGUUAUAUUUCAGUCAACAUUUCCAAAAGACAAAAACAAAUGAAAGUUAAAUUAUGAAAUUUAGUACACAAUAUUUUGUUUUCAAGUAUUUUAAUACUUUUAUAACGUAAUUUAUAAAAAAUAUCAUUUAUCACCCAGAAUCAAAAUGCAGCAGAAGAAAUCAUUAUCAGAUUCUGGAAGUGAUUCAUCCAGUGAUAGUAAUAGUUCUUCGGGUUCCAGUUCUGACAGUGAUUCUGGUUCUGCAUCUAGUUCAUCUGGAAAUUCUGUAAGCUCUGGAAAAUCUCGUACUUCAGUAAACAAUAGUACUGUUGAAAAUAAGAAUUGUACUGAAAAUGAAUCAGAGGCUGAAGAGAAAAAUGAUAAUGAUGAUGAGUGGUAUAACAAUUCAGAUGAUGUUGGAAUUAGACGUUCUGGGAGGUCAUGUAAAGAACCAGAGCGAUUAAAAGUUCCAGAGCAAAAUUCGAGAAAUCGGAGCAAUUCUUCAAAUAGAAAUUCAAGUUCGAAUUGGAAUUCAUCUGAUAAUGCAUCAGAUAGUGAAAAUGAGGUACCCCCACCCUCAAGAAGGCCUGGUAUCAAGAAGACUACUACAAAAAAGUUUUCACAGAAGUCACUGUCAAAUAGUAGGAAAAGAGCGCAAUACUUAUCUGAAUCAAGUGAAUGUAGUGAAGGGAGUGAUGACGACAAUAGCAGAGCAAUAUCAAGAAGGCAAGCUGCUGCUUCUGUCAGCUACAAGGAGGCAAGUGAUGAAGGAACUGAUUCUGAAGACUUGCUGGAAGUUGCUGAGCCUGAAAUUGAGGUUCCUAUUGAAACUGAGGAAAAGUGUGAAACUAUAGAAAAAGUUUUGGAUCAAAGAAGGGGGAAAAAAGGAGUGACUGGAAAUCAAACCACUCUAUAUGCAGUUGAAGACAAUGGGGACCCAAAUGCAGAUGUUGAUGUUAAUGACUUGGAAAAUACAGAAAUGCAGUACCUUAUUAAAUGGAAAGACUGGGCACAUAUCCAUAAUACUUGGGAAUCUGAAGAGUCUCUGAAGAAUCAAAAAGUAAAAGGAAUGAAGAAAUUGGAGAAUUUUAUCAAGAAAGAUUUAGAUAUACAGUUUUGGAGACAACAUACUGCUGGACCCGAAGAUAUUGAUUAUUAUGAAUGUCAGUUAGAACUUGUGCAAGAUUUACUUAAGAGUUAUUACAAUGUUGAAAGAAUUAUUGCUAAAUAUGACAAGCCAGAUGAUGCUGGAAUUGAUUAUUAUUGUAAAUGGGAAUCUUUACCAUACUCUGAAGCUACAUGGGAAGAUUCAAAUUUAAUUAUGAGAAAAUGGCCAGAAAAGGUUCAAGAAUUUCAAGCCCGCGAAGAAUCAAAAACUACCCCAAGCAGACACUGUAAAGUUCUGAAAUAUAGACCAAAAUUUCAUCAAGUAAGAACCCAACCAGAUUAUAUGAGCGGAGACAGGUCAUUGACAUUAAGAGAUUAUCAAAUGGAUGGCUUAAAUUGGUUGAUACAUUCUUGGUGCAAAGAAAAUUCUGUAAUACUUGCGGAUGAGAUGGGUUUGGGAAAGACCAUUCAGACUAUCUGUUUUUUGUACUAUCUUUUUAAAACCCAUCAAUUAUAUGGGCCAUUUUUAUGUGUUGUUCCUCUGAGUACUAUGACUGCAUGGCAGCGUGAAUUUGCUUUAUGGGCUCCUGACAUGAAUUUUGUCACAUACUUGGGUGAUGUCAAAUCUCGGGAUAUUAUUCGACAAUUUGAAUGGUCAUAUGACUCUUCAAAACGUUUAAAAUUCAAUGCCAUUUUGACUACAUAUGAAAUAGUAUUAAAAGACAAAGCCUUUUUAGGAAAUCUAAGUUGGGCAGCUCUACUGGUGGAUGAAGCUCAUAGAUUGAAAAAUGAUGACUCACUAUUGUACAAAGCAUUGAGAGAGUUUCAUACAAAUCAUAGGCUAUUAAUAACUGGUACUCCUUUACAAAACUCAUUGAAAGAAUUAUGGGCUUUACUGCAUUUUAUUAUGCCAGAAAAAUUUGACACAUGGGAGAGCUUUGAAAGAGAUCAUGAAAAUUCAGCACAGAAGGGUUAUGAUAAACUUCAUAAACAACUUGAGCCUUUUAUUUUAAGGAGGGUGAAGAAAGAUGUGGAAAAAUCUUUACCAGCGAAGGUGGAACAAAUAUUACGAGUCGAAAUGACAUCGAUUCAGAAACAGUAUUACAAAUGGAUAUUGACAAAGAAUUUUAAUGCUUUGCGAAAAGGUAUUAAAGGUUCUGCCACUACAUUUCUAAAUAUCGUUAUAGAAUUGAAAAAAUGUUGCAAUCAUGCCUUAUUAACAAGACCUACUGAAUAUGAAACUACAACAUCCCAUGAAGAUGUAGUUCAAAAAUUAUUAAGAGGGUCUGGUAAGCUUCUUUUGCUUGACAAACUAUUAUGUAGACUUCGUGAGACCGGUCAUAGAGUACUGAUAUUUUCUCAAAUGGUUCGAAUGUUGGAUAUACUCAGUGAGUACUUGCAAAAGCGUAACUUUCCUUUUCAAAGGUUAGAUGGGAGUAUUAAAGGUGAAAUGCGAAAGCAGGCAUUAGACCAUUUUAAUGCUGAGGGAUCUCAAGAUUUUUGCUUUCUACUUUCUACUAGAGCUGGUGGACUAGGUAUAAACUUAGCCACUGCGGAUACUGUGAUAAUAUUCGAUUCAGAUUGGAAUCCACAAAAUGAUUUACAAGCACAAGCUAGGGCACAUAGAAUAGGACAGAAAAAUCAGGUAAAUAUAUACAGGUUGGUGACCGCUAGGUCUGUAGAAGAAGAUAUUGUUGAACGAGCUAAGCAAAAAAUGGUUUUGGAUCAUUUGGUAAUACAGAGAAUGGACACAACAGGGAGAACUGUUUUGGAUGAAAAAGGUGCUUCGAAAAGCAAUCCUUUUAAAAAGGAGGAUCUCACAGCAAUAUUAAAGUUUGGAGCUGAGGAGUUGUUCAAAGAUGAUGAAGAAGGAGAUGAAGAGCCUGUUUGUGAUAUAGAUGAAAUUUUGAGAAGGGCGGAGACAAGGGAUGAAGGUCCUACUAUGGUUGGCGAUGAACUCCUGUCUGCUUUUAAAGUAGCUAGUUUUGCAUUUGAUGAAGAUAAACAACCCUCACCAAAGACUCUUGCAGAUGUUCAGGAUGAAGAAAGUAAAGAAUGGGAUGAUAUUAUACCUGAAGAUUACCGUAAAGCUGUUGAAAAUGAAGAGAGGAGUAAAGAAAUGGAAGAUCUUUAUUUGCCUCCUAGGUCAAGAAAAACACUUCAACAAAUCAAUCAAGAAGCAGAUUCAGAUGGCGAAGGUGGUGAGGGUAGAGGUCGCAAGAGAAGGAAAGGCCAAGAUGAAUCAGGUUCCAGUGCUGAAGAAGAUGGCACUGAUGAGGAACGACCUAAGAAACGUGGUAGACCUCCAACCAGUGCACGAGAAAGAAUUAAAGGAUUUUCAGAUGCUGAGGUUCGUCGUUUUGUAAAGAGUUACAAGAAGUUUCCUGCUCCUUUGAAUCGUUUGGAAGCUAUUGCCUGCGAAGCUGAGCUUCAGGAAAAGCCUCUUGCAGAUCUGUUGCGGUUAGGCCAGGAUUUAAGAGCCAGGUGCUUAGCUUUGCUGGGACCAGGGAUUUCCAGUAAUGAAUUGGAUAGCGAUCUCAGUCUUUCUGCCAAAAAGAGAGGUGCCCGUGGAAUGUCUUUCAAACUUGGUGGAGUCAGUGUCAAUGCUAAGACUUUGAUUGCAUGUGAAAAGGAAUUAGAACCACUGGACGAAAUUCUGCCGCAAAAUGCGGAUGAACGGCGGAAAUGGAUCUUGAAUUUUAAUACAAGACCUGCUCACUUCGAUGUUGAAUGGACUGUAGAAGAUGAUUCGAGAUUGCUCUGUGGGAUUUAUCAAUAUGGUUUAGGUUCAUGGGAAGCAAUGAAAAUGGAUCCUUCUUUAGGCAUUAGUGACAAAAUACUUUCAAAUGAAAACAAAAAACCUCAAGCAAAACAUCUGCAAUCAAGGGCUGAAUACUUACUGAAAAUUCUGCGAAAAACGUUGGAUUUGAAAAAAGGAGUAAAAAAACCUAGAAAAACUAGGAAAGCUAAGGAAAAGACGGUUUCAAAAGAAAUUGUUGAUACAAAUGGUAAUUCAUCAUGUGAUGAGAAAAAAGUUAAACCUAAGAAUCCAACGGUUGAAAAUAAUUGUUCCAUAGAGCCCAUAAAGCCUGAUACAGAUAGUAAAGACAAGAAGAAAAAAAAGGAUACAAAAAAGAGUACUAAAAAGAAAUCAGCUGGACCAAUGCAUUUUACAGCAAAUAAUGAGCCAAGGGCUUUAGACGUACUUGGGGGCUUAGAUCCAACAAUAUUCAAUGAGUGCAAAGAGAAAAUGAGACCUGUGAAGAAAGCACUUAAAGCAUUGGAUAAUCCUGAUCAAACUUUGUCAGAAAUUGACCAAGUGAAUCAUACACGAACAUGUCUUUUACAAAUAGGAAAUCAAAUAAACACAUGUCUUCAGGCCUAUCAAGAUCCUGAUAAAAUAAAAGAGUGGCGCAGCAAUUUAUGGUAUUUUGUAUCAAAGUUCACUGAGUUUGAUGCAAAGAAGCUGUUCAAACUUUACAAGCAUGCUUUAAAAAAGUCACAAGAGGAUGAAAAAGUUAACGAUAAAAUGCCAUCAGAGUCAUCUUCAGCACCCAAUCCUGAUGUAACAAAUAAUGCAUCUCAAAAGGAUAAACCCAAAGAUAAUGUAAAAAAAAAUAAGAUUAAAGAAAAGUAUAAGGAAACUGAUGCGGUGAAAGAGAAAGAUAAAGAUAAAGAUAAGGAAAUUAAUAAACGAAAAUUAGAGGAAGGUGAAUGUGAACCAGAUCCCAAGGAAAGCAAACGAUCUUAUAAUGACAGAAUAAGAAGUAAAGAAGGUUCAGACCACAAGAAGAGCAGAGAUGAUGCAAAGGUCUCUGUUUCUGGUGAUUGGGUAGCUAAUAGUAAAAGUUGUCCUGGAAAUAGAAGUGUAACUCCUGUCACUCCCCAAAGGAUGAUGCCUUAUGGAGAUCUUAGAGACCCUAGGCAUAGUUUAUAUGGAGAAGCUGCUGGAUCAGAAAGGUGGAGCCGUGAGAGAUACAAUAGCGGUGGUGAUCAUAAAAGAGAUCGUGCAGAUUAUAGAAUGCAUGCCUCUAGCUACAGACGUGACAGAGAACGAGAUCAUGAUCGUGAUCGGGAUAAGAGAAGAUUCCAUCCUGGAACAGUGAGUUAUUCUUCUCACUACAAUAGUAUUUCUGGUGCUUACAGUUAUUCAGGUGAUGUUUCGUCUUCAUAUCGUGAUAGAUUUCCACCUGAUCAAUGGAGAGGCAUUCCAGAUUUUCCAGAACGCGACUACCGAAGAGACUAUGAGAGAAGAGGCCCUAAUAUGACAAAUCCGUAAAGGGCUGUGAACAUUUUGGACGACUGUUUUUCAAAAAUUAUUGUGUGUGCCUGAUUUAUGUUUAAACAGAACAAACUUCACUUGUUGAAAAUACUUUCGCUAAAAGACAAUGCCUAUUGUAGAGUUUUGGUCUGCUUAACAAAUUGUGUAAAUAAGUCAGUGAAUUUCAGUGAAAUU